AUGCUGAAAAGGGCACUUGCUGAAAAUACGGGGGGGUGUAACCAUCCCCCCCAGAAGGCGAGGUCAAAAUCUGUUUCCAUCUUCUCAUUUUUUAAAAAAAAAAAGAAAGAAAAAAGCAAUUCCAAUGAGAGCGUGAUUUCCACAAGCAACGACUCUUUUGAACUCCCCCCCGGACAAGGGAACAAAAAGGAACGGAACGGUGAAGGCGGAAGGGAAAAACAAAAUAUGAUGGACGAAGAAUCGGCGACAGAAAAUAGAAAGGCAAAAUUCAAAAACAACACCACAAACACUGCACAUAGCGAAUACACACAAAAUUACAAGGAAUGUCAAGUGAUGAAGAAUUCUCAUUUAAAAAAAAAAAGAGAAAGUUUUUUCCAAAAGAUUAAUAUAUUGCAAAAAUUUAGAAAUUACAAAAAAAGAAAUGCCACCGGUACAUUUCACGCGGGUCAUAACGCAAGCUCUGCAUCAGCUAAUGAUGAAGACAGGGAGGAAGAAACAAGCAACUUAGACAAAAAGGGAAGUUGCGCCGAUGUGGACUACACAAAAAUGUACACCAGUUUGAAGAGGAAGAACAACAACAACAGCAACAAAAGCUACAGCAUAGAAGACGAAAUAAACAGUUUGAAGCACAAGGCUCAAAUGCUGCGAAAUAACAUUUAUUUUAAUGGGAAAAAAAAAGCGGAUAAAGGAAAGCUAAUCCAUAAACAUCUUAACUGCAGUAGUGAAAUUAUCCGUAAUGCAGACGAGAGAGAUUCUUCUUCCUGUGAGGUAAACUCCCUAUUAACAAAUUUUAAAAUGAAGAGCAACAAAUUGAAAUGUGAUGAAGGGGACUCAGUAGACCAAAUGGGCAACUCGGGUAGGGUGCAAAAGGUGGAAAGAGAAUACAUCUUUGAUAGGAGCUCGGACGUGGAAGUAUGGGACGAGGGGGGUUUAAGUGAUCAGGGGAAAAGUGUCCAAGGGCACAACACAGACGAGCAACAGGGACUCAACUCCAACAGCAAUGUGAUAGAUUUUAACGAAUACCUGUACGGGGAAAAGAGGGAAGAUGAGGCCUAUUUGACUGAAUCCAGAGGGGCGGAAAGUGGAACUAGUGAGGGGAAAGUUUCCCGAAACGUUGACGGAAGCCGUGAAGGCAGCAAACUAGGUAGACGAAGCAAACGCGAUGGUUGCCACAACGGUGACCGCAAUAUGGAUCGCAGCGUAUGGCACACCCAGGAGGAGCUCAAACGAACAAGUGAAUUCUCCUUCUCAAGUUUCUCAAAAAGUAAAGGCGAACUGGUGCGAAACGUACAGUCAAAAAUAAACGAUAAUGGGAGAACGAUCAAUAACUACGUUAUGUAUAGUAACAAUAGGGGUGGUGCCAAUUUAAAGCCUCAUAGCAGAACGGAGGCGACAACUACCCAAGAGGGGGAAAAAUUAACUAGCAGAGAAAUAAUAACUAUCAGUCAGUAUGAUAAACAAACGACGAAUGAAGACAUACACAAAGGGUGCACUAUAUCGAAAGGGCACAACGAUGACCAUCACGAACAAGGGAAGAACGCAUUAGAAUGUAUUCCCAUCGAUAGGGAAGAGAAUUUGGCACAAAAGGAAAUAAUAAUUAAGUUAAUGUAUAAUAAUAAUGGGAUUUAUUUUAACCAAGAUGACAAUGGGACAGGAGGCGUUCCUUCAGCACGUGCCAACACGGCUAAGGUCCCGUCAUAUGAUAAAGUGAAUUCCCGUGUGUAUGGAAGCAAAUCUGUAAACGUAAGCCGAAGUGGAAGCACAAUUUUGCAUCCCCUUCGGCAGCAAGGCACAUAUGAGAAGAUGACGAAUCAGAAAAAUGGUAACAAUGAAUUUGUUAACGUAUCCAAUGAAGAUGCGCAUAAAAAGUUUAGCAGUCCAGAAGCUAGUAGGGGGUAUUACUGGGGAGGUAAAUCUCAAGGCAGUGUACCAAGAGGGGAUACGCAUUCUUUGGGGAACCCCCAGAAUAAGUGCAGCAACGGAAAUGAGAAAGGAGAAAAAGAAAAAAAAAAACACCAAAAUGGCACAACAGAUGAAGGAAUCGAAGAAGGGAAAAAAGACAACAUAAUCAAUAAGUACCUUCUUGACCCGUUAUAUAAUUUAUUUGUUCAGCCCAAGGAAGAAGCGGAUGACCCACACCUUCGGAACAAUAAUAUUAGUUUGCCACCCCCACGAGCUGGAAGGAACUACACCAGCGAAUUGCAAAAGACGUACAGAGCGUUGUAUGAUAUAUAUGAUGGAUCGUAUGCAGGUGGUGUGCAACACAAAGCACAUCCAAAAACAGACGGCAGUAUGAACGUGGUGGACCGCUCGUUCAGUCGAAAUGGGGACGGCAACACAGGAGUGACAUCCCCCGUGGAAAGUACGGGAAUUCCCCUGGAUAACCAAAUUGAUGGGAGCAGAAUAUAUAUGUGUCCCCUAAGUAGGAGCAAGUCCAUGAAUAAAGAAAAUGCGCCACCCUUUGAGCAUAUUCAAAAGGAGGCAUAUAAUUUGAGCGUCAAGGAUACCCACCAUGGUUACCUAAAUAAGGCUAGUUUGUAUGAUACACAUUUUAAUACGUUUCAUUUGAAGAAGAAAAGAAGAGAACCAACGUUCAGGAGAGGAGGCAAUGGCAACUUCCUCAGCAUGAGUGGACUUGCAAAUUGUUAUAAUAGCCCCAUUAAAAAUAUGUGCACCUUUCUGGAACACAAUUUUGUGAGAGGAAGCUACUACCCCCGCCAAGAAUGCCUCGCCAGUAAGUUUAAGGGCAGAAGCUACACCUCUUGUAAAGGGAACCAAGGGUGUAGCGGAUCCCCAAUCGGGGGGCAGCAAAGUGGCAUCAUGAAAAAGUCAUGUACAUUUCAUGGGUAUCAAAAUGACCUGCACAAGGAUGGACAACCAUAUGGGUACCGGGGGACCCCACCCGCGAUGACCCCUGUAGUAACUCCUAUGGUGAACCCUGUAAUGACCCCUAUCGUAACAGGCAUGGAAAAACCCAAAAUCAUCCCUGUAACACCCCCCAAGGAGCACACAUUGCACAACUGCGGAACGUACUGCCCCGACGUCGGCGGAAAAUCCCACCCCCCGGUGAACCAAAACUGCAACGCAAAUAAUGUCGUAAAUAGCUUCGUAAGAAAUGCGAACCCCGUUAUGUUCCCCCAAAGGAACCCAAUUAAUGUAGGAAGUUCCUUUCCAAGCAAAUGGGUUGCCAAUAACUGGAGGCAAACCAGCACGAAUGUUGGACACGCCGAACAGGUUAGCAGGGGAGGCCCCUAUGCACAGAAUAACAAACAGGUGCGAAGCAAAAAUAUGAGAAAUUGUACCCCUUUUCAGUGUAUGACAUACGGAGAUGGCAGACCAAGUAGCAGCAGAAACGACUACAUGAGUAGAAAUUUCUACACCCCGGUGGAGAGAUUGAAAAAUGAAAAAUUGAGAAGACUACAGAGCUAUUCAUCCAAGUCGAAGCCGCCAGUGUGCCUUUCAAAAAGCGAAGGGCAUGGGGAAAUACAGCCAAACAUGUUCCAUGGGGAUAAAAACGGUGGUGUCAUGAAACGGGCAAUGAGUUUAAACCCAGCGAGGUCUUCUUCUGCCCACCUCGCCGCGUUGGACAUAUAUCAAGAGUGCUACGUACAAAAUGAGGGAGCACAUGGGGGAGCACAUGGCGGUGUAAAUGGAAACAGAAAUGACAACAACCUGGGAGGAAGCCAUAACUAUAUGGACAGCUGCAGAGUAGACGGUGCACACACGCGUGACGCCACUAGCAGUACUGGUAGCAGCUCAUGCGAUAAAAAAAUUUUAGAGCAUGAGGGCAUAGAACCCCCGUUUAUUGGUCGCCAUAGCAGUGUUAAUGAUGGUGGUAAUGCACCACGGGGUAUCUGCCAAUUAAGGGAGAACAAGCUAACCUUUUUUAGAAGCAGCUCAUCCAAUGACACCAUUCGUGAGAAUUACCCAAUUGAGGGCCCGAAGUUUGAGGGAAAGGACAAGAUGGACUAUCCCCCAGUUAGCCAUUCAAAUAACGAUGACGAUAUUGAGCUUUAUGCUGUUAGUCUGGAACAGGACGGAGAAAACAGUGUAUCUGAGGUGGAUCAUGAAAAUGGCGAAGCUGUUACUUUCGAUAAGGACCUCUAUGCGAAUUUCACAAAUGAGGAGGCUCACCAAAGGAAUGACAAAAGCGGUCAUCAGAGUAGCAUUGAAAAGGUGGUCAGUUGUGAUGGGAACUGGGACACUCCAUCGGUUUAUUUCACCUAUGAGGGGGAAGAGCCCUUAUGGACUGUCCACAACUCUAAUGUGAAAAAUAAUCCCUUUGAGGAUCAAUACAGCUGCGAGAAUGGCACUAACAUUUCGGAUUUUCUGGCGGAGAAGAGACCAGAAAAGAUUAACGACCAUCCUAUUCCCACCGUCAUGCGGCACAAUUUUUGGAGAAAAGAAGAAAGGAGAAGUGGAAACAGUUUACCUUCCCCAGUGGAGGAUUAUCUGCAGAGUUAUGCCAACUACAGUGAGGAAAAGAAAAUACUUAACGGUAAGGUGAAGGAGACGAAAUGGACGCACUCCAGUGAUGAUAAAGAAAAUGACAGUGCUUCGUAUGCCCGUACCAAAUGUGAUGGGGGACCUAAAACGGAAGAAGCACUCCAUAAGCAAAAUUACAAUCCAGAGGGGAGAAAUAUCAAGUUGAAAAAAUUAACAAAUAAGAAAACUUCGCCAAAGGGGAAGGUGAACCCUAAUUCGAGCAAUAGUAAAAUAAGGCCAAGUGACAAAAGAACAUGUGAAGAAAUGACGAAGAAAAAAGGCGUCGUGAAAAAGGUCAGCACUGCGCUAGGUACAAGUUUGAAAAGGAAAAAAAAAGAUCCCCCAAGUGGAGCGCCAAAUGGAAGUAAAAUGAUCAGACAAGUCAUUCCAAUGGGGGAGGCACCACCAAGUGUCUCCCCCUCAAAGAGGAAAAAAAUUGAACCCACGUCUAAAAGCUCAAACGGUGCCCACGGAUGUGAAACUGCAAAACAUUAUAACAUAGUAAACACCGUGGAGGAAUCUGUGCAGGUUAAUUACAACAUAGGGGAAAAUAAAAUUAACUACAGAAAGGAAAGCAUCGUAAGUUCCAGCAACGCGGUAUGCAGUGUGAACAAAUUAGAAGAUGAAGCGAUGAAAAUGAGGACGACGAAAAGGGUUGGACAAAUCAAAAAUAGAAAUAAAGAUAAAAAUCCCAGAAGGGGUGAAACUUACUCCAGUACAUCCAUUCAACGGGAAGACUGUAACUUUGUGGGGUCUUUUUCGAAUAGGUACGAUCCACUGUGGGCAGACGGCACCUUCGUCGGGUCCUUUUCUAGCAUGUCUAUCAAAAGGGAAAACUGUAGUAUUGAAAAGCGUUACGCCUACUUGGGUGAGCCCCCUUCGGAUGGAAAUGGAGCCCCACGGGUUGGGAGCUUCUCCAGAAGGACAGCCAGGGCAAGGGACGGUGUAAAGAAGGUGAAAAAGAUAAAAAAAAAAAAUCGAAAUUUUUCCGAGGAAAAGCAAGAAAAAAAGGCUACUACAAUUUCGUCCACCUGCGUGCAGGUUAAAAAAAACGAAAGUGCAGAAAAGAAAAAAAAAAAAAAAAGAAAAAACACCAGUACGAAACGGAGAAGCGAAUUAGCCAUCGACUUCGCCAGCACGGGGGAGGAAAAUUCAAGAGUAAGGAGGGAACCUCUCUGGGGCCCAAAGGAGAAUACGGAAAAGGAAAGAGAAAGGGAAAAGGGAAACUCAGUUAACGCCCUUAUCAAGAGCAACCGAAUGAUGCUGCAGAUGGAGAGUGCAAACAGUAACUCCAUGUUAAAGGAAAGACUGUAUGAUGAAAAAGGGGAUUUACUAAAUAGCGAAAGGGAUACGUACAUCUCACGCAAAACGGACAUGGCGCAAACAUCGCCAAAAGAUACCUUCUACGAACAAGUUAAACAAAUGAAUCAUAUAUUAAGCAAUAAGAACAACAGCCAUUUUUUAAAUCGAAUAAAUUUAAACCACCUAAUAGCAAUUGAAAAAACAUUUAUCAAUACCAAUGUGUACAUUAACAAACAGGUAAUUACCCUCAGCACCAGGAGUACAAAGGGGGGGACAACCAAAAGGGGAAGUAGUCCACAUGAUGGCAUUCUCUAUGACGACAAUUUCAGCAUCGUCUACUUAGAACAAGAUAUUAUUUACUUAAAGAAAAUUUUUUUAAAAAAAAUCCUGUCUAUAUUGUUAAGUCACGCGUCCUCAUUUAGAGAAAUCAAAAUAACUAUUCUGCUGUUAUAUUUUUUUGUUUCCUUGGAGGAAGGCAGGGUUAUAUCUCCCAGUCUGUACCCCCUCAGCCUAAUUAACUCUUUAAUACAAAAGUUUAACUUGAAAGUACGCAAGAAGUUAAAACGGGGUGGUGAAGUUGAAGGUCCCCCGCCUAACAGUUUUGCUUCGGUGGCUGCAGAUGGUUACUACCACAAGGCGGGCGCACAGAGCGAUGCAUCGAAAAAGGGGCCCUUCGACUGUCUCUUCAUUUGCGACGGGAAGAACUACCUAUGCGUGAAUGAUAACUCGCUGCCCGGGAAAACGUGCAGAACCAAAAUUAAGCUCAACAACCUCAUUGGGUAUUAUCACUAUAUCAACUUAAACAGAUUGACGUACUACCUCGAGAGGGCCAGCAGCGCUUGCGGCAGGGAGACAAAAUAA